GACAAAUCAUGAGUAGCUGGAUCUCAUGAAACUGCCAAAAUGUCUUCAAUCAAAGGACUUCCUACAAGAGGAUCAGAUGUAACAGUUCUCAUAACCAGGUCUCACUUGCAUCCCCAGUGUGUGCUCGUAGAGUUCUGGGGAAAAUUUUGCCAGGAGAGGACAGCAGAUUAUGAGUACCUCGCUAAAGACAUUCAGUCUCCCGGAAACUCAUUUCAAGAGUUUGAAGGGAAUCCUGGUGACCAGUGCUUGGUUCAGAUAGAUGGUAUUUGGUACAGGUCCCGCAUAGUGUCAAGAAGCGGCCUGAAAUGCAGUGUGUUCCUCAUUGACAAAGGAAGGACAUGUAACACCACCACAAGUAAGCUGGCAUGGGGUAAGAAGCAGCACUUCCACCUGCCACCUGAAGUGGAAUUUUGUGUCCUAGCUAACGUGUUACCCCUCACGCCUGAGAACAGAUGGUCCCCAGUGGCUCUCGAAUUUCUGAAAUCUCUGUCUGGAAGGUCUGUGAAGGCACAUGUGCAGGAUGUACUGGUGCCACAUAGAACAUUUCUCCUGCACAUCCCCUGCAUAUCCAAACAAAUGUAUGAGAUGGGAAUUGCAAAGAAGCUGUCCCCAGAUGCAUUUCAGGGCUUUGUUCUCAAGUCACUGCAGCCCCAUAGUGGAGCCUUAGUGUCUCCAGAGGCUCAGAUCUCCAUGGGAGCAGUUGAGCAACUGCACAAGAAAGAGCUCUAUAUGUACCCAGAGCUGCCAGCAGGAACUGUGGAAACUGUCAUCGUCACUGAGGUGACAAAUCCGCAGCGGAUUUUUUGCCAGUUGAAGGUCUUCUCACAAGAGUUGAAGAAACUCUCAGGGCAGUUGACACAGCGCUGUGAAGGCAGAAUGGCCAAUUGCAUUGUAGGGCAAGACGUGAUUGGGUUUCCAUGCGCUGCAAGAGGAAGUGAUGGCAGGUGGUACCGCUCUGUUCUACAACAGGUUUUCCCAAACAACAAUGUGGUGGAAGUGUUGAACGUCGACUAUGGAACCAAACAGAUUGUUCCAGUGGAGAAUGUCAGACCACUGGCUCUCGAGUUCUUCAGGAUGCCCGUUGUGACUUACAUCUGUUCCCUCCAUGGAAUCAUUGACAAAGGGGUCGGAUGGACAACAAGCCAGGUUGAGUAUCUUAGGACGCUUCUCCUGCAAAAGACAGUGAUUGCCAAAUUUGAGUACCAAAGUAUCUCUGAGGGUGUUCACUAUGUCACGCUUUACGGGGAUGAAAACACAAACAUUAACAACAUGUUUGGUACCAAAGAGAGCUGUUUUCUAGAGGGAGAAAAAACUCUUGGAGAUUACGCCAUCUGUAGAACUGCAGGGAGCCGCCAGCAUCCAGGUCGGCAAGAGAGGAAUCAGAGAAAGAUGUUCUCUUCAGGACAGGAUGAAGACGGAAAAGAUGAGAAAGGAAUGGCAGAGAAGUUGCCAGCUGAAGUCCUUGCUCUCAAUUCAUCACAUGUGGCAGUUGUUCCGCACGUAUCUGACCCAUCUGAGUUUUGGAUCCAAACCCAGAACUAUGCAAAUGAGUUGGACGAACUGAUGGAUAGCAUUUACCACCUGUACUCAGAUUCAGUGAAUAAAGAUGUGGUGAGAAAUCCGACAGUUGGGCUCUACUGUGCUGCCAAGGCAGAAGACAGUGAGUUCUACAGAGCAACUGUGGCUGAACUUGGCGAGCAACAGGUCAAGGUGUUCUUUGUUGAUUAUGGAAACACUGAAGUGGUUGACAGGGGCAACAUCAGGACCCUUCCUGAUGAGCUCAAAAAGCUGCCAUGUCUUUCACUGAAGUGCUCUCUGGCUGGUGUCAGGCCGAAAGAUGGGAGAUGGAGUCCAGAUGCCUGUGACUUUUUCAUCAAAGCAGUCACAGAUAAAGAACUAACUGUACAUGUGACAGCAAAACAUGAUGAGGGCUAUGUUGUCCAACUUAAAGACCCCAAAGCUCAAGGAGAAAGAGAUCUCAGCACACUGAUGUGCAGUUCUGGCUUUGCUGAAAGGGCUGAGAUACAGAGACAACCCAAAGCCAACAUGACCACGCAACCUGCCAUUCUGCCACAACUUCCAGAUGCCAGGCUCUCAGGUGUAUGCAGGAACAAAGCAGUGUCUUUCCAGACCCCAUUCACAGUUGGCUCUGCCAGUAAUGAAAGACUUACUGCAUUCAAGGAGCACAUGUUUCCCAUUGGAAGUGUCCUUGAUGUCAGUGUGUCCUACAUAGAAAGCCCAAAUGACUUCUGGUGUCAACUAGUACAGAACGCAGGGCACUUGAAAUUGCUCAUGCAUGACAUACAGGCUCACUAUGCAGGCAGUGAGUUUCAGCCCUUUGUGGAAACAGCUUGUGUUGCUCGCCACCCUGAUAAUGGAAUGUGGUACAGGGCCCUUGUAAUUCACAAACAUGAAACGGCUGAUGUGGAUGUGCUGUUUGUCGACUAUGGCCAGACGGAGACCGUCUCCCUCUUUGACCUGAGGAGGAUCAGCCCGCAAUUCCUCAAUCUGCGUGGCCAAGCUUUUCGAUGCAGUCUGUUAAACCCUGUUGACCCAACAUGCGCCAUAAACGAGUGGAGCGAAGAAGCAGUAGCAAGGUUCCAAAACUUUGUGGAAACUGCGGCAUCCAACUUUGUGAUUUUGAAGUGCACCAUAUAUGCCGUUAUGUACAGUGAGCAGAAGAUUGUUUUCAACAUUGUGGAUCUCGAAACUCCCUUUGAGAGUGUCUGCACCACUAUGGCCAAUCUAGUCAAAAGUGUGCCUCCCAGCAUGGCUGCUGGACCAUCUUUCCGUCUGGACACGUACUACUACUCAACGCACAACAUCAAAACUGGAAAAGAGGAGCCGGUCACGGUGACAUGUGUGAACACUGUCAGUCAGUUCUACUGCCAGCUCGAGAGGAACGCUGAUGUGAUGAAAGAUCUCAAGAAGAAAGUGAACAAUCUCUGUCAUCAGCUUGAAAAUGUAAAGCUCCCAACAGUCUUUGCAACUUUGUGCUUUGCGAAGUACACUGAUGGGCAGUGGUACAGGGGACAGAUCAAGGCCACAAAGCCAGCGAUUCUGGUUCACUUUGUGGAUUAUGGUGACACCAUUCAAGUGGAAAAAUCAGAUUUGCUCCCAGUUCCCAGAGAGGCUAAAGACAUCAUGUCUGUGCCUGUGCAAGCAGUUGUGUGUAGUCUCUCCGAUUUCCCUGCCGAUGUUCCCAGUGAGGUAAACGCCUGGUUUGAGACAAGUGUGACAGAAUGUAAAUUUCGAGCACUAGUUGUGGCCCGAGAGCCUGAUGGGAAACUCCUGGUGGAGCUGUAUCAUGGAAACACUCAGGUUAAUUCAAAGAUGAAGAAGAUGUUUCAGAUUAAGAUGCACACAGAGGCAAAUGUUGUCCACCAGGGUCGGAGAGCGGAGGCUUCCACAAACCAUGCACAAAAGACUCCAAAAGUUGUCCCAAAACAAGCUGCUGAAACGGAAGAUCACACUCAAAUCUCAAAGAAAAAUGUCUCUGCCCCCAAACCAGCACGUCACGUGAGGGAUGCCAAGGUCAAAAGUGCUCCGUUAGAGCUGUAUAUACCUCCACACCAAAGGCAGUCCUGUAAAAGCACACCAGGCAAUACAGGAAAUGGUUCUGAGCCCGGAGGUACCCAAAUCAAACCAAGAAAGAAAUGUCCUCCCAUAGACACCGAACAGCUCAUCAAAUCCACAUCACCUGGCACAGAAUCUCAGAAGGAAAGCAAUGCUGAAAAAUUCCCUAAACUUGCAGACCUGCCCUCAAAAUCUAUCGCAUCAGAUAUGGAAGCAGAUAUUUAUGUCUCGCACUGCAACAGCCCAUUGAGUUUCUAUGUGCAACUUGUCAGAGAGGAGGAUGGAAUUUUCUCCCUUGUAGAAAAGCUAAAUGAUCCCCAAUUCAUCUCCCAAACCAACGACAUCAAAGACCUGCAUCCAGGUGAUCUGGUUCAAGCAGAGUUUGCAGAUGAUUCCUCGUGGUAUCGAGCAGUUGUAAGAGAGAUUCACGGAGAAACGAUGGCUCUUGUUGAGUUUGUUGAUUUUGGAAACACAGCAAAGGUGCCAAUUUCCAAGAUAGACAGACUCCAUAAGUCUUUCUUGGAACUUCCUGUGUACAGCACACACUGUAUGCUGAGUGAGGCUGCAGGUCUUGGAAAAGAGGAAGUGCCUGACCCAGAAGUGGUGUCAGCUUUCAAAAAAGACAUUGGUAGCAAUGGAGAAAAGGUUCUCAAGUGCCAUUUCAUCAGCCAGUCAGGAUCUGUUUGGGAAGUCAGUCUUGAAGACAGUGGUGUGAAUGUCAUGUGUAAAGUACCUACUAGACGCUCAACCGAUGCUUCUGAUAUCGCUUCAGAGAAACUUCAGCAAGUCGAGGAAAAACCUGCCCAGAAUUCUGACAUCAGGAAAUUGUCAGAAAAUUCAGAAAAACCACCACUGAACUCCUACCACCAGCAAGUGUUUAUAGAGGGACAAAAGUUGGAGGUCUACAUCACAGCUAUAAAUGAUGCUCAGACCUUUUGGUGUCAGUCUGCAGACUCGGAAGAACUUGAUAAGAUAACAUCAGGUGUCUCAGAAGUGGGCAGUGCAGUUGAUCACAAACAUAUUGAUCCAGGCUCAGUCUCUCCUGGCAGCCCAUGUGUUGCUCUCUUUUCAGAUGAUCAGUUUUGGUACCGCGCAGAGGUCAUCGACAAAAAUGGAGAUGAGCUUUCUGUUCUCUUCGUGGACUAUGGAAACAAGUCCCAAGUCAACAUUACAGAUGUGAGGGAAAUGCCCCCUGAUCUGAUGGAAACUACUCCUCAGGCAUUUCUGUGUGAGCUUGAGGGCUUUGAUGCUUCUCACGGAUCCUGGGACAGUGGUGCAGUAGAUGAGCUGUCAGGGCUUACAACAGACAAAGUGUUACAGCUGACUGUCACCAGAGUAACAAGAGAAGAAGGAAGAAUCAAAUGCCUCGUGUGGAUGGAAUGUGAGGGCCAGGGGAUAAAUGAGGCAAUGAAAACCUGGUGGAAGAGCUCCACGAUGGAAAAUGAACCUGGUGCAGUUGGACUGACCACUUUGAAAGAGACUGCACCACCCGAGGACCAACCAGAGUAUCCUGAAAGUCAAGAAAUGGAUAAUACUGAUACCUACAUUCACCCUCAGAGGGACCCCAGUGAAGAGCAGAGCACUGGUGAGCUUGUCGACCCCCAAGCAGAUAUUUUGCCAUGUGAUGGUGGCAUCGAUCCAUCACUUGAAAAAAAGGGUGGAAAGGGAAGCUUGACCUUGACCUAUGUUAAGAAAGCAGGUGAAACUGAUGAAGGUACAGAAGAGGAGGGUUCCUCUGUUGACACUAUUGGACUAGAUGAUUUAAAUCCUCCAUUGGAAGAGAACCCUACAGAAGCCAUAGAUGAGUCAGAGACUGCAACAACUGUCUUUAAGUCUCUGGAUGAGAACCUUACUGAGGCCACAGAUGAGUUAGAGAUUGCAAUAGCUGCAUUUAAAUCACUGGAUGAGAACCCCAAAGAGGCCGUAGAUCAGUCAGUGAUUGUAUCUCUUGUAUAUGAGUUUGUGGAUGAGAACCAUGUAAAGGCCACAGACGAGUCAGAGAUAGUAACUAUUGACUCUGAGUCUCCAGAUGAGAACCCCACAGAGGCCACGGACAAAUCAGAGAUUGCAAGGACUGUGUUGGAGUCUCUGUAUGAGAACACUGUGGAGACUGUAAAUGAGUCAGUGAUUGUACCUCUUGGAUAUGAGUCUCUGCAUGAGAACCCUACAGAGGCCACAGACGAGUCAGAGAUGGCAAUGACUGCAUCAGAGUCUCAGGAUGAGAACCUUACAGAGGCCACAGAUGAGUCAGAGACAGUAACGACUCACUCUGAGACUCUGAAUGAGAACCCCGCAGAGGCCACAGACGAGACAGUAACGACUCACUCUGAGACUCUGGAUGAGAACCCCGCAGAGGCCACAGACGAGUCAGAGACAGUAGCGACUCACUCUGAGACUCUGAAUGAGAACCCCACAGAGGCCACAGACGAGUCAGAGACAGUAACGACUCACUCUGAGACUCUGAAUGAGAACCCCAUGGAGGCCACAGACGAGUCAGAGACAGUAACGACUCACUCUGAGACUCUGGAUGAGAACCCCACAGAGGCCACAGACGAGUCAGAGACAGUAGCGACUCACUCUGAGACUCUGAAUGAGAACCCUGCAGAGGCCACAGACGAGUCAGAGACAGUAGCAACUGACUUUGAGGCUCUGGAUGAGAACCCCGCAGAGGCCACAGACGAGUCAGAGACAGUAGCGACUCACUCUGAGACUCUGGAUGAGAACCCCGCAGAGGUCACAGACGAGUCAGAGACAGUAAUGACUCACUCUGAGACUCUGGAUGAGAACCCCGCAGAGGCCACAGACGAGUCAGAGAUAGCAACGGUUGCAUUAGAGUCUCUGUCUGAGAACCCCAUGGAGGCCAUAGAUGAGGUGGAGAUCCUAAUAACUGACUCGUCUCUGAUUGAAGAGGUUAAUAACAACAGGAUGGAAAGCAGCUAUGACAUCAUGAAUUUUUCUGAUUCAGCCGAGGAAAGAGACAACAGUGAGGUUACCACUGCAGUGGAGAUCCCACCUACCAGUACAACAACAGUGAAAAUGGUUCCCCGUGAAGCUUUCAGUCUCAGGGAGAGUGAAGAUCUGCUGGAGACACAGGAGAGCAUUUCUGAAGACUUGAAGCAGAUUCAGACUGAACUGGUGCGGCCCUGCUGUGUGCCUCCUGUGCUUGAUGUUCCUACAAAGUGUGAAAUGGGAGCUGGAGAUGACGUGCCAAAGGAAGAGCUGCCAUGUGUUAUCACACAUGUGGAGAGUGACUUGAUGACUGCAGAGGAGAGCUCAGCUCAUCAUGAGGAUACAGAUUCAGCCCUGAGAGCUGACGCUGACACAGCAGCCAGUGAGUCACAGAUCUGCACAGCUUCCUCUCAGGAUUCGGGUGACGGGGUUGAAGAGGUGACCUGUUGUGUUGAAGAGGCCUGUUUGACAGAUAUCUGCACAGAUCCAAACGAGCCAGGUGAUGACGUCACAGUCAGCAGUGAGAGAGAAGAAAGUCUCAGCAGCAUGACAGCAGAGGACAUUCAGGCUCUGUGGCUGCAGCUCAGGAUUCAGUCAGUGACUGAAGAUGAGACUUCUGCUCUUCACCAAGAUCCACCCACAGCUCUGCCAUCUGACACUGAGCCACAGGUCCACUCAGUUCCCUGUCAGCAUUUGAGUGACCUGGAUGAAGAGGUUACGUGUCUCGUUGGUCCGACAGACGUCAGCAGAGAAACAGAUGAUGAGUCUGAAGCUGAGACAGAGGACAGCGAGCAGCUGCUGAACACAGCCACCAGUCAGGAAGAGGAUUUCAGUGAUGGUGUGCUCGAGGACAAAAUGUCAUCUGCUGCUGACAGUUUUGAGGCGCAGCUCUCACAGAGAACUCAUCUCUCUCUCAUUAUCAAUGAAGACUCUGCUGAUCCGCGGCUGGCUGAGCGGCAGCCAGAGGAGUAACCACCUCCUGUUUCCUUUGUCUCCAUCACACAUUUAUCAACUGUUUGCUUUCAGUUCCAACAGGUUCAACUUCAGUGUUUCUUUCUUUACUGUUUGCUUCUACGCGCUCAGUGCGGUCUUGAUUUAUUGGAUAGAGCCGGCAGCUCGUCUUCAUCCUUUGGCCCAGCAGCUCAUUUUGUCGUUGAAACACAAGCUUCUGGUGAAAAGUGUUUGUGCACAGUCACAGUUUGUGUCCAUGUGUUGCUCUGUUGUUACACAUGAUCUGUUCUGUUAAAGUGCCACAUAAUUCUUUGAAAGUGCUGAAUCUUUUGUUGAAUAUAAAACACAGAUUAGAGUGGUUGAUAUGAAACGCACAGUUUUCAGGACAGUUUUUGUAUUUUGUGUGAAUAUAUGCAUGCGUUGAAGAUAUUUAUGUUGGCACAAUAAA